AUGGGCCUAGGAGCUGCAGUUAUUUUGGAACUCCAUUCUAGAUUACCACCAGAAUUGGGACCUUACAACUUGUACUUUGACAAUUAUUUUACUGGCUUUCCAUUACUAAAGUAUUUGCGGGAUCAAAAUGUUGGAGGAACUGGUACUGUUCGAGAAAACCGCCUAGAAAAUUGCAAGCUGCCAAGUUGUAAGGAGAUGAGAAAAAAGCCUAGAGGUGAGCUAUGUCAUCAAAUGUCUUCGGAAAUUAUUGCAGCUAAGUGGCAUGAUAACAGUGUCGUCACCAUCGCAUCUAACUGUCAUUGUUUGACUCCCAUCACCAAAGUCGAUCGGAUUGGUUUCAUAAAUAAAAAGCGAUCGAAAAUACAAGUAGAUUGUCCAGCUUCUAUCAAGAUGUACAAUAAGUAUAAGGGUGGAGUUGACGGUUUUGACGAAAAUGUUGAUUCCAUGAGAGUAGGUCUUCGCGACAAGAAGUGGUGGUUCCCCCUGUUUGCUUUUGGUAUAGAUGCUGCUUGCCAAAAUGCAUGGCUUAUCAAAAGGCAAACAGAAAACAACUGGACCUACUGUGAUUUUCCCAGAAAUAUCGCUACUGUUUACUUGCAAAAAUAUGGUAAGCCUCCAACCCGUGAUUCUGCUUGUGGAGUUCCAGUCCAGAUAAGAGUGCCAAUUGAGGUGAGAUCAGCAGGUGCAGCCGAAGACCACUCAGAAAUUGACUGUUCCCAGCGUCGCGACGUUGUGGAUUCUGUCACCAACGUACGCGAAAAAUGUGCGCUAAGUGCAAUAUCGGUUUGCACCAAAAGUGUUGACAUAAUGGCGAUCACUUCAUCUGGAUCCAACAUCAAUACCUGA